AUGACAAUGACAAUAACAACAACAACUAUAAGUGAAGAUAUUGAUAUGUCUGAAGACGGUAUCAAGAAGUUGUUGGAGGCUGAGAGAAUGGCACAAGAGACCAUUGCCAGAGCAAGACAAGAGAGAAAUCAAAAGUUAAAGCAAGCCGUUCAAGAGGCUGAAAAGGAUAUCAAGACCUUCAAGGACAGCAAAGAGAAAGAAUUUAAAGAUUAUGAAUCAAAGUUUCUUGGACAAUCAUCAGCCACAUCUGCUGAUCUCGCUUCAAGUGUAAACAAAGAAAUCGAACAAAUCCGUAAGAAGACCGCCCAAAACAAAGACGAAGUUGUAGAGAUGCUUUUGAAAUUCACCACCGAAGUACACGUUGAGUAA